ACAUAAUUUCCACAUUCCCGGAGACUUUCAGUUUUCUGUGUAAUUUUAUAUAUUUUCUAAUUUGGAUGGAGAGUAGGGUGAGUGGAAUCCGAAAGGAACUAGGCAGACUCGAUCCUCAGAUCGCCUGUGCAGGGCAGACUAAACCUAAGCCUAUAUAAUCUUCUCCAUACAUUACACACAAGUUAUUAGGAGAGUAAGAAUGGAAGUUGUGGGAGAAGUAGAAGGGUAUUUUAAGAUCUAUUCAGAUGCCUCUGUGCUGCGCCUUCCACAUCCCACCAUUCCCCCCUCUUCACAUUUCAAAGACGGCGUUGCAUGCAAGGACGUCGUUAUAAAUCCGGAAACCGGCGUCUGGGCUCGCAUAUUCAACCCCGAAACCACUGCUCAAAAACCGCCUUUGCUGAUCCACUUUCAUGGAGGAGGGUUCCUAGCUGGUUCCACAGCCUGGGUAGAUUACCACACUUUUUUUCACAAUUUGUGCAAGACCGCCGGUAUAAUAAUAGUGUCGGUGGAUUACAGGCUGGCGCCGGAGCACCGGCUGCCGGCGGCAUACGAUGACUGUACGGAGGCCGUGGAAUGGAUGGCAAAGCAUGCCGCUGAGCGGGCAGAGUCGCCGGAGGAGUGGCUCUCACCGUCCGUCGUUGGUUUUUCCCGGUGCUUUUUGGCGGGAGAGAGUGCCGGAGGAAACAUCGUUUACCACGUCGGACUGUGAGUUGCUGAGCUGGGCGUGAGGCCGUUGGU